CGAGUCAUGUGACCCGAGUAACAUGGCCGCCGCCCACUGAGCGUGGCCGGUGCCUAGCGGGUGCAGGUCUCGUGAGCGGCGGCGUGGCUGGGGUCGCGCGUGGGAGAGCGGGGUCCGGGCCCGGGUUCCGUGGGCGGCGUGGCCCAUGAGCGGGCGCCGGGGUCCGCGCCGAGCCCACACUCCCCUGGCCCUGGCGCGGCCCGGGCUGCGGCGGGCUGAGGAGUCUCGAGGCUCCCGGGCGCACCCCGAGCUGCGACGAUGAACCCCGAGAAGGACUUCGCGCCGCUCACGCCCAACAUCGUGCGGGCCCUCAAUGACAAACUCUACGAAAAACGGAAGGUGGCAGCGCUGGAAAUCGAGAAGCUGGUGCGGGACUUCGUGGCCCAGAACAACACCAUGCAAAUCAAGCAUGUGAUCCAGACCCUGUCUCAGGAGUUUGCCUUGUCCCAGCACCCCCACAGCCGGAAAGGGGGUCUCAUCGGCCUGGCUGCCUGUUCCAUCGCCCUGGGCAAGGACUCAGGGCUGUACCUGAAGGAGCUGAUCGAGCCAGUGCUGACCUGCUUCAAUGAUGCAGACAGCAGGCUGCGCUACUACGCCUGCGAAGCCCUCUACAACAUCGUCAAGGUGGCCCGGGGUGCUGUAUUGCCACACUUCAACGUACUCUUUGAUGGCCUGAGUAAGUUGGCUGCUGACCCAGACCCCAAUGUGAAAAGUGGAUCUGAGCUCCUAGACCGCCUUUUAAAGGACAUUGUGACCGAAAGCAACAAGUUUGAUUUGGUGGGCUUCAUCCCCCUGUUGCGGGAGAGGAUUUAUUCCAACAACCAGUAUGCCCGGCAGUUCAUCAUUUCCUGGAUCCUGGUUCUGGUGUCAGUGCCAGACAUUAACCUGCUGGAUUACCUGCCGGAGAUCCUGGAUGGCCUCUUCCAGAUCCUGGGCGACAAUGGCAAAGAAAUUCGGAAAAUGUGUGAGGUGGUUCUUGGAGAAUUCUUAAAAGAAAUUAAGAAGAAUCCCUCCAGUGUAAAGUUUGCUGAGAUGGCCAACAUUCUGGUGAUCCACUGCCAGACCACGGAUGACCUGAUCCAGCUGACGGCCAUGUGCUGGAUGCGGGAGUUCAUCCAGCUGGCUGGUCGAGUAAUGCUACCCUACUCCUCUGGGAUCCUGACUGCUGUCCUGCCCUGCCUGGCCUAUGAUGACCGUAAGAAAAGCAUCAAGGAGGUGGCCAAUGUGUGCAACCAGAGCCUGAUGAAGCUGGUCACAACUGAGGAUGAUGAGCCAGAUGAUCCAAAGUCAACAGCACAGAGGCAGACAGAACCCACCCCUGAGGACUCCCUGCCAAAACAGGAGGGGACAGCCAGUGGAGGUCCAGAUGGAUCCUGUGACUCCAGCUUUGGGAGUGGUAUCAACGUCUUUGCUGCAGCCAGCACUGACAGGGCCCCAGUGACCCUACAUCUGGAUGGGAUCGUGCAGGUCCUGAACUGCCACCUCAGUGACACAGCCAUCGGGAUGAUGACCAGGAUUGCUGUUCUCAAGUGGCUCUACCACCUCUACAUCAAGACUCCCCGCAAGAUGUUCCGGCACACAGACAGCCUCUUCCCUAUCCUACUUCAGACGUUAUCAGAUGAGUCCGAUGAGGUUGUCUUGAAGGAUCUGGAGGUGUUGGCAGAAAUUGCUUCCUCCCCUGCAGGCCAGACGGAUGACCCAGGCGCACCUGAUGGCCCUGACCUCCGAGUCAGUCACUCAGAGCUUCAGGUGCCUACCUCCAGCAGAACCAACCUGUUGAACCCUCCCAGUACCAAAGGCUUAGAAUGUUCUCCUUCCACUCCCACCAUGAACUCCUACUUUUACAAGUUCAUGAUCAACCUUCUGCAGAGGUUCAGCAGUGAACGGAAGCUCCUGGAGGUCAGAGGCUCUUUCAUCAUCAGGCAGCUCUGUCUCCUACUGAAUGCAGAGAACAUCUUCCACUCCAUGGCAGACAUCCUGCUCCGGGAGGAGGAUCUCAAGUUCGCCUCCACUAUGGUGCACACCCUCAACACCAUCCUACUCACCUCCACUGAGCUCUUCCAGCUGAGAAACCAGCUCAAGGACUUGAAGACCCUGGAGAGCCAGAACCUCUUCUGCUGCCUAUACCGCUCCUGGUGCCACAACCCAGUCACCACUGUGUCACUCUGCUUCCUCACCCAGAACUACCGGCAUGCCUAUGACCUCAUCCAGAAGUUUGGGGACCUGGAGGUCACUGUGGACUUCCUCACAGAGGUGGAUAAACUGGUGCAGCUGAUUGAAUGCCCCAUCUUCACAUAUCUACGCCUGCAGCUGCUGGAUGUGAAGAAUAACCCAUACCUGAUCAAGGCCCUGUACGGCCUGCUCAUGCUGCUGCCACAGAGCAGCGCCUUCCAGCUGCUGUCUCACCGGCUUCAGUGUGUGCCCAACCCUGAGCUGCUGCAGACAGAAGACAGUCUGAAGGCUGCCCCCAAGUCCCAGAAAGGCGACUCCCCCAGCAUCGACUAUGCUGAGCUGCUGCAGCACUUUGAGAAGGUCCAGAACCAACACCUGGAAGUAAGGCACCAGCGGAGUGGUCGCGGGGACCACCUGGACCGCAGGGUUAUCCUCUGACAUGCCUGGCAUGGAGAAGGGCCCAAAUGGCCCAUUGAAGCACUCAGGGUCUCCAGGCCAACAUCAUGAGGAGCCUGAGGACCUGCCUCACCUACGGUUGGACCUGACCACCAACCCAGGGUAGGGAGGGGGACAGGCUGCUCUGUCAGGCCCACCUCCUCCCAGUCCAGCCCCCUGGACCCCAGCGCUGUCAGCUGCACCCUAGCUCAGGACAGCUGGCUUCCCUCCUGAGUGGAGCCACCGCCUCAGAAGCUGGAAACAGACUAAUUGUCCCUUGUGAGAAGAACUUGACCUCAGCCCCUCCUUCCCCCAGAGCACUGGCCUGGUGUGUGUAUGUUCAUCUUCGUGGGUAAUACACAUCUUCCAGUGCAAAGAUCUCUGCAGAAUGAUGUGUUCCAUCCCUGCCCCAAUAAAGAAAUGCCAGAAACCUUA